AUGCUAGAGAGAAGGUCUUCCCCGAAAAAACUAUUUGAGCAAGAAAAUGAGCCUGAUAAUCAAGAUAAUAUGAGAGCUAGAAGCACUGAAGGAGACAGAAAUGAUUUAAUGCUAACAAGGGUUUAUAGUGAGAACCAAAAUCCUCAAACCUCUUUUAAUAAAAAGAGUGGUCAGAUUCCUUCUAGAGAACAAAUUUUGAGAAGCUUAAAGAGGAACAACAUUAAAGGUGUGCUCAAUAAUCAGCUUAAUAAAAUCCCUCCUGUCUAUGAAACUGGGAAAUAUCAUGGGAUACUUGACAAAGUGUGGCUAACUCCUCAUGAUAAGGAAGCUCUAGAAAAUGAUCAAAAGUAUCUCAAAACUUAUACUGUGGAGCUUGACCAAGAUGAAAAAUUUAACUGUGCUUGUUGUAAAGAUCAAGUUGGAGGAUCUGAAAAGAUAGAAAAAUUCAAGUUUUGGACCAGCAUUCGUACAUUCAAAAUUUUUGGAACAGGAAUCCCAAUGUUCUUCCACUUCCUUAUCUUUCUUAUCAUUCUUUUCGGAUUACUCACAAUAGUUGUUUCGAUCGCUUCCAUUGUUCUCAACCUCAAAGAAAAUGAUAAAGAUGAAUUAGGAGUGAGAUCUCCUACAUUCCUCGUCUAUCAGUCUCUUGGGAAUCAUGGAAUUACAGCUUCACAGUUCGAAAAAUCAGGAUCAGUGAAUGCAAUAAUAAUUUUAAACUUGGUUGGAAUAUUUAUCAUCUUUCUUGCCUAUCGAAUCUACAGAUGAGCAAAUUUAAAGAAAGCAGCUCAGAUAGAUAGAGAGACCAUUACUCCUAGCAACUUCACGCUUUUUGCUUAUAACAUCAAUGAGAACAUCUCUGACAGAGGGAUUAAAAGGUUUCUUCAGAAUGAAUGCGAAGUUCCUCCAGAAGAUAUUGUCGAUAUCAUCCGCUGAUACAAUAUUAGCAAGAUCACCUCUCUCGUAUCCAAAAAAAUUCUUGAAGAAGAGGAAUUAUCCUACCUCGCGCUAAAACACAAGCGAGAAAAUGAAGAAAAGGGUUAUGAAGAACAACACCAAAGCGAAGAUAUUAAAGACGAUGACUCAUCAUCCAUUGGAAAUGAGAUAUUUGAGCUUAAUGAUGAAGAUCCAAAGGAUUGAGACAUAAAACCAAUUACUAAAAGAGUCUGCUGCUUUAAAAUCACCGAAAAGACAAUUGAGCAGAGAUACCAAAGAAUCCAAGAGCUUAGGAAGGAGAUAGAAGAUUAUCAAUGCAAAAUCACUAAUUCUACCAGCCAAGGAGAAGGCGAAUUUUGUAAAUAAAGCCUUCAUUGUCUUCAGAACAAGAAAAAUAGCAAAUCAUGUGAAUGAUAAACUUCAUAUUGGCAAAACUAAAAGGUUAUUAAAAUAUAUCUGAAGUAAGUUUAGCUGCUGUAAUGAAGGCGAAAGUAAUACUGAUCGCUUCCAGACCAGACGUGCAGCAGAACCAUCAGAUGUGUAUUGGGAGAACUUGCAUAUCUCUUCAAAAACCCACUUUAGAAAGUCUCUAAUAUCCUUCAUGAUCAUGCUGUGAUGACUCUUAGUUUCUUUUGCAUUAAAUUUAGGAUUUGGAAUAUUUACGAGAAAAACUACGAAUCCCAGGGCAACAAGUAUAAACCCCUGAACUUCCUACUCUUAAUGCUGCUCAAUAUCCUAAAUUCCUUCAUC